CAACAUGUACUGUUUCCGGCGGUGUUGAGUAGUGUUGGAGGUUGGAGUGUUGAGGUUGAGUUGCGCUGGUUUUCUAACGCCUGCUUGGCGUGAAUUUGCCUGCUUCUUCGUUCCUCGUUUUAUCUGUUUCGUCUUUCCGAGUAUCAAAAUGCCCAAAGGAAGGGGAGGAAAGUUCAUCAAUCACAAAGGCAAACACCGGUCUUUCACAAAUCCUGAUGAGCUAGAAGAACAGCGCAAGCGUGAAGAGAAGGAACGACAGUGGCGAGCCGAAAGGGGAGAAGUCUCAUCAAGCGAAGAGGAAGAAGAUGAUGACAAGAAGGAGGGUUCAGAUGACAGUUCCUCUGAAGAGGAAACUUCAUCAGAAGAAGAGGAGGGCAAGGCAAAAGGUGUAGAAGGUCUAAUUCAAGUUGAAAAUCCUAAUAGAGUGCAGCAGAAGGCCAAGAAAUUAUCUACCCUUAACACAGAACUUGCUGCUGCGACUACUCCCUCUGCUCCUAGCAGUUCUAGUUCAAAACCGGAACUAUCAAGAAGAGAGAGGGAAGAAUUAGAAAAACAACGGGCAGCGGCAAAUUAUCAACGUCUCCAUGCCAAAGGUAAAACAGAAGAAGCAAGAGCUGAUUUAGCUCGAUUGGCUAUUAUUAAGGCUCAAAGAGAAGAGGCUGCCAAGAAGCGAGCAGAUGAAGCCAAAAUGAAGGAAGUUGAGAAACAGAAAAAGUCUCAACAAACUCAAAAGGCCCUUGGCAAGAAGCCUUGAAUGGAAAGGACAGCUAUUUUACUGUGGAAGUGGUUUUCAUGCUGCCAUUGUUUUCUUAUGAAUCUGAUAAGACCCAAUCAUUUAAAUUAAUUUUGAGUGAUUUUAACUUAACAAAAUCAUUUGUGGAUUUUGUUUAAACAUGGUUGCUCAUUAUUUUGAAUGCUGUGGGACUCAAGAAUACAUACCUGAUGGAUCAUACUGACAAACUGUUUCUACUAGCUUUUCUCUAUUUUUUCUACUCUUGUAUAAUUUUUCUAAAUGUGGGUAGCAUUCCAUCUCAAACUUCAUGAAUGUAUGUGGUAACAACUACUUGUAUGAUUUUGCUAGUUAAUUCAUGUCAUCUAAUCUUUUGAGUGCAUUUCAACUUUAAAUUUUCUGUAUCAUUUUGUUUUGCAUUUUUUAUCUGUAGCCCACUUAUUUGAAUUCUGUUAAUGAUAAUGAUAAUGUUACAUCUAGUCAGUCCUUUGGAUGCACAUCUAUCAUUUCUUUUGCAAUUUUUUCACAAGUAGGUGAAUUUUUAUUAUGAACCACAUGCAUCUUAGUAGAGAUGGUUAUGAAUUAUUGUAAGGUAGAGGAAAAAAUGGAUUUAGUUUCUCCUUAUUUCGCUGCUGUGCUGUGAUUUUGAGUGUGUUGAUUUACUUGCACAUUUUUCUUUGAAGAUUCUAAUUUAAAAUAUAAUUGCAAGAUAAAUUUUGUUCUUACAGUACAAUCUGUAACUUAAAAAAAAUGCCUUGAAUUACAAUUGACAACUUGUAACCUCA